GGCCAAGGCUUUUCGUGGUAAAAAGGUCCAUGGAGAAUAUGACAUAAAGGUUGAACAGGCAGAAUUUUCAGAAAUCAACUUGAUAGCCCAUGCUGAUGGCAAUUAUGCAGUAGAUAUCCAAGUAUUUCGAAAUGGCACUAAAGUUGUCAGGUCAUUCAGGCCUGAUUUUGUCCUUGUUCGACAACAUUCAUUCAGUAUGGCAGAAAAUGAAGAUUUCCGUAACUUGAUCAUUGGAAUGCAGUACGCAGGCAUCCCUAGCGUCAACUCCCUGGAAUCAAUCUAUAACUUCUGUGACAAACCGUGGGUGUUUGCCCAGCUGGUGUCUGUCUACAAAACUUUGGGUCCGGAGAAGUUCCCUUUAAUUGAGCAAACGUUCUAUCCAAAUCACAAGGAAAUGCUAACAAUGCCAACAUUUCCUGUUGUUGUGAAGAUUGGACAUGCUCAUUCAGGCAUGGGAAAGAUCAAGGUAGACAACCACUACGAUUUUCAGGACAUAGCCAGCGUGGUAGCACUUACUCAGACCUACGCCACUACUGAACCCUUCAUAGACUCCAAAUAUGACAUCAGGAUCCAAAAGAUAGGCAGUAACUACAAAGCAUACAUGAGAACUUCCAUAUCCGGAAACUGGAAGACAAACACGGGCUCUGCAAUGUUGGAACAAAUUGCUAUGUCAGAUAAGUACAAGCUUUGGGUUGACACCUGUUCUGAAAUAUUUGGUGGUUUGGACAUCUGUGCUGUUAAAGCUGUACAUGGAAAGGAUGGAAAAGAUUAUAUUUUUGAGGUCAUGGACUGUGCAAUGCCUCUGAUUGGUGAGCAUCAGACUGAAGACAGGCAACAUAUAACUGAUCUAGUCGUAAGCAAAAUGAACCAAAUGUUGUCCAAAACUCCUAUACCAUCUCCUCAGAGACCCACUGCCACUCAGCAGCCUCAG